AUGUCCGAAAAGCGCCCCAACUUCCUCCUUAUCGUUGCCGAUGAUUUAGGCUACUCUGACCUGGGUUGUUUCGGCUCGGAGAUCAAGACGCCCAAUCUGGAUGCUCUGGCUGCCGAUGGCUUGCGCUUCAGUGACUACCACACCGCACCAAUGUGCUCUGUUGCCCGCGCCAUGGUCAUGAGCGGCACGGACAACCAUGUGGCAAUGCAGCAACUUCUGUACCGCAGCGACGACGGACAGACCAUGGGCAACGUGUCGCUCUGCGAGGGCUAUUUGACUCGCAACAUUGCAGCCAUGCCUGAACUCCUCAAGGACGCUGGCUACCAGACGUUCAUGUCUGGCAAGUGGCAUCUUGGGUUCCGCCCAGGGUACAUUCCGACUGACCGCGGAUUCGACCGCGUCUUCUCUGUCCUUCCUGCUAGCUCGAACCAUUUCGGUUUCGAUCCUAAAUGGGAAGGCGGCGAGGACGCGCGUCCUCCUAUCCACGGCCACCAGCCACCCAUCUACGUCAAGGAAGACCAGCGAUACGAGGUUACCCCCAACAUGGAAUCGAACACCGAGGGUUUCUACUCGUCCAAGAGCUUUGUUGACGAGCUCCUGGGCUUCUUCGGCGACCGCGAGGCAUCUGAAGAGGACAAGGAUCGCCCCUUCUUUGCCUAUCUCCCGUUCACCGCACCACACUACCCGUUGCAGUGCUUCAAGUCGGACCGUGACAAGUACCGGGGUGUGUACGAUGAGGGACCUGGUGUCCUGCGCCAGAAACGUCUCCGGCAGCUCGUCGAACGAGGUAUCAUUCCCGAAAACACGGUGCCGCACGAGGUCUUCUCGCCCGAGAAUGCCCCGUGGGAGGACCUGAACGCCAAGGAGCGCACGUACUCGGCCCGUGCGAUGGAAUGCUACGCAGGCAUGGUGGACUGCAUGGACCAGCAGAUCGGCCGUGUCAUUGAGCACCUGCGAGAGACCGGCGAGCUCGACAACACUGUGGUCAUGUUCUUCUCCGACAAUGGCGCAGAGGGUACCGCCCUCGAGGCCGAGGAGCUCAUCGGCCCAUGGCUGCUUGAAACUAUCAACGAGUUUUACAACAACGAGUAUGACAACAUUGGAAACGUUGAUUCGUUUGCGUGGGCUGGACCCCGCUGGUGCCAAGCCUCAACCGCACCUAACCGCCUGUACAAGCACUUUACGACCGAGGGAGGUGUCCGCGUACCGCUCGUGGUUCGCUACCCUGGGUUCAAGCACCUGGCUCCCGGUGGCAUCUGUCACGCGUUCACCAGCGCCAUGGAUAUCCUCCCCACAUUCUUGUCCCUCGCCGGCGCCACCCACCCCAACGCCAACCCGGCUCACGCAAGGGCGACGGCCCCAUACCACGACCGUCAAGUCUUUCCCAUGCGCGGCAAGUCGUGGGUCCCGUAUCUACGCGAUGGCCUAUCCGCCGCGUCCACGGAGACACCGCCGCAUGCUGGGUCGUACCAAGGGGAGGCCGAGGCGGUCUAUGGCGUCGAGAAACCUGUUGUGGCGUGGGAGCACUAUGGCAAGUGCGCGUUGCGCAGUGGCCGCUGGAAGAUUGUCAACAUGCCCACAAACCAGCCCACUGGAACCGGGAAUUGGCAGCUGUACGACAUGUACAGUGACCAGGGAGAAACAAACGACCUGGCAGCUCAGCAUCCUGACAUUGUGCGCGACCUCCUGGUCGAAUGGGACAAGUGGCAGGGCGAGACUGGCGCACCAUCCCUUAUGAUCGCGAGCGAGGUGGAAGACUUGUUGUCUGGCGAUGUCAUAUCCGACCAGAAGCUGUGGAUGCGGCUGGGCAACGGGAAGCGCUUUGACGAAGGGUUGUAG